GACAUCCAGAUCAAGCUCAAGUGGCAUCAUGGCGGACCCUCUCAGCAUCCUCCGUCAGUAUAAUGUUAACAAGAAGGAGAUCGUUUCCAAGGGCGACAACAUCAUCUUCGGGGAAUUCUCGUGGCCCAAGACUGUCAAGACCAACUACCUCGUCUACGGAUCUGGCAAGGAUGGUGCUCCAAAGGACUACUACACGCUGGAGUGCUUGCUCUUCCUCCUCAAGCAUGUCACCCUCACCCAUCCUCCGUAUGUGCGGAAGGCUGCUGCUGAGAACAUACCAGUGGUGCGACGUCCUGACCGCAAAGAGCUCUUGGCCUACCUCAAUGGAGAGACAUCAACAGCCACUGCUAUUGAUAAAUCUGCCCCAUUGGAAAUACCCACACAAGUAAAGAGGGCAGUUGAAGAUGCAUCAGACAGCACAGCCAAGAAACCUCGGUAUGAUGACAGUGAUGUACAGAAAAUUAAGGAGCAACUUGCCCUGCGUUUGGAUGCCCCUAAAAAGUCAUCCAUUGUCAGUAACAUCGACAGGUCCCUGUCAGAAGCCAUGUCAAUUGAAAAGAUUGCAGCCAUCAAAGCUAAACGUUUGGCCCUUAAGAGGACAAUGAUCAAGGAAGACGAUGACCCUGGGCUAGGAACAGAUCUGCGUAGCAUGUUAGAGUUUGAUAUAGACAUGACCAAAGACAUCACCACCAAGGAGCGUCAGUGGAGGACCAGGACCACCAUUUUACAGAGCUCUGGCAAGCAAUUUGCAACCAGCAUUAUGGGGCUCCUCAAGUCAAUCAAGGCUCGUGAGGAAGGCCGCAUGAGGGCCAGCGUACCCAAUCCAGUGCCCACACCAGUGUCCAGAGUGCCCCAGCAGCCAGUAGGGUACUCACGUUAUGACCAGGAAAGAUUCAAGGGCAAAGAAGAAACUGAGGGCUUCAAAAUUGACACCAUGAGAACCUAUCACGGCUUGUCUUUGAAGAGUGUAACAGAAGGUAGUCAGAGUCACAAGAUGGCCCCUCAGCCUGACCUGGCACCCCAGAGUAAACCUGCACCUGGUCAGCAGAUGAAGAAACCAUCUCGCACACCUAUUAUUAUUGUUCCUAAUUCUCCCAAGUCACUGAUCACCAUGAUGAACUCUAAAGAUCUACUACAAGACAUGAAAUUUGUCUCUCUGGAAGAAAAGAGAAAGCAGGGAACUAAAAGAGAAACAGAGAUUUUGAUACAGAGGCCUAAACCAGGAGGCUUGACUGUCCCCUACCGUGUGACAGACAACCCAUCCAAGCUGAGUUAUGCAGACUGGGAUCGCGUGGUUGCCGUGUUUGCCAUGGGACCGGCCUGGCAGUUCAAGGGAUGGCCAAAUGAAGGCAACCCAGUAGAGAUUUUUAAUAGAAUUUGUGCAUUUCACAUAAAAUUUGAGGAGAUGAAUCUGGAUACAAACAUCGCCAAGUGGGCAGUGCACGUCAUCAACCUGAGCAGGGAACGUCGCCACUUGGAUCGAGCAAGGUUUCUGGAGUUCUGGGAGAAGCUUGACAGGUACAUAACACUAAAGAAGCCACACCUGCGGUCAUAACCAUGAGGUGGUCUGUUCAGCAUCGUGGCAAUGGUUGUACAGUGAUCAUUACAUCUAAAGUAAGGCAUAUAAAUGGAUAUUUCUAGUAAUCAUUUGUAGUUUUUUUCUUUUUUUUCUUCAUCUUCUUUUAUGGUAUUUUGAUUGUGACUGAUAAAUAUAUCUGAGUAUCUCAUCUAGAAAAUGUAUUUUCUCAAAUGGUAUGUUUCUUAGACAAUGUACAUUUUAUAGCAAUGCAUUAGUUUGAUAAUGUUCCUUUUGCCUUUUUUGUGUUGUGCUAUAUUUUACCUAAAAUGAAGACAAACUUGAAACUUAUGUAGGGUUACUUCUUGAUGUACAUGACCAUUUCUCAAGUUUACACUAAAUUUAAAGUUAUGAAUCUUGUUAAAUUCAAAGUUGUGCCUAACAACUGCAGAUGAAUUUGUUAUACAUUAUUUUGAAGUGCUGUAUAAUUUUGAUAUACAGAAUAAGAACUUGAUAUCACUUUUUUAUUUUUGUUAUUAUUUUUAUUAUUUCCUUGUUAUUAUCAUUAUUAAAAUUAUUAGUGGUGGUGUUAGUAGUAUCAUUGAAGACUGCUGGGAAUACUCAUAAUAAUAAUUAUAUUUAUUUUAGUUUUUUACUAGAGAGUGUGACAUUUCAUCCUGGCUAAAGUAAAUAUUAUUGAUGAUGCUAAUUAUUUUUAUUUUUAUUGUUACUACUACUACUACUACAAUUAUCGGAUGAUUGUAUCAAAAUUGUGGUUGAACUCUGUCUAUUACUUCAGUUUGCAUUCUUCUCUGAAUGUAGUGUUUGGCCUGGGGAUUCUCAUUCACCAAUUACUUUUUCAAAGUGUUGGGGAGCAAUGGGUGUUGGGCUGAUCUGCUUCUUGGAGUCUGAUGAGGAUUAUCUUUGAGAAAUCCCAGAGGAACUAAUUUUCUGUGAGAUCUUGUAUUGUUUCAGGUGGCAUUGUAGUUGUUUGUAAGGGUCCCUGGGAUGUAUUUAUUCUUUUUUUUUUUUCUAAAGAAUUGAUUGUCGCUCCUCCUUUAGUAAUCUUGUGGAGCGUAAGUCUUUCUAGACAGAUCCAAAAUAAACAUAAAAGAAGGUAGCCAGUGUAGAGGUAGCUCUUACUUCUUACACUGAGGGUGUUGCCACUCUUGACAGGUAUUGAGCAGCAUAUGCUCCUAGAUAAACCUGUUGUUCAGUGUUACUGUAAUCACAAUAAUUUAACCAAACAUGGCUAUUUAUUUGAAGUAAGCAGUUACCACCUGUGGUCUCCCAUCACUUAGGUCUGUUUUGUUCAAAACAAGAUUAUGCUGUAAAGAUUUAUUAUUAUUGUUAUUUUUUAUCAUUAUCUUCAUUAUAAAGUAUUACUAUUAAUUUGAUUAUAAUGUAUUAUUAUUGUUAUUAUUAUCAUUGCUGCAAUGUUCUAGAUUUUUUUUCAUUAUUAUCAUCAUUACUAUGGAUUAUUUUUAAAUUAUUUAUUUUUAGUACAUAUAUAUUCCAUGUAUUCUUUGUAAUCAUGGUAAAAUUUAUUACCUC